AUGGCAGCUGUUCAAAAGCGCAUUCUUGCUGCCAGGGGGCCCCCCACUCUUGUGGGGGUUCAUCACCUCCAGGGCCACGCCUUCAGCACAAGUCUCCCGGGGGCCUCUCUUUUCUUACUGCCAAGAGGGGCCCCCAAGAGGGCCCCCAAGGGGGCCCCCGGAGGGGCCCCCGGAGGGGCCCCCGGGGGGGCCCCUGGGGGGGCCCCCCAAGUUUUGGGGGCCCCCGGGGCCCUGGGGACCCCUGGGGAGGAGGGGGCCCCCACGAGCCAGGGGACCUCUAUAAAGAGCAGUUGUACGGCAGCAGCAGCAGCAGCAGCAGCAGCAACUGCAGCAGCAGUCGAAGAAGGAACAGCGGCAGCAGCAGCAGCAGCUGCUGCUGCAGCAGCAAAAGUGCUUCCCACGGAGCCGCUGCUGUGUCUGCUGCUGUCUGGAGGCCAUUCUCAAUUCUCUUUUCUGUUGUCUAAAGAGCUGCUGCCCCUCGGGGGGCCCCUUAGGGCCCCUGCUGCUGCUGAGGGGGCCCCCCCUGGGGGCCCCCUUGCUGGGGGGCCCCCCGGGGGCCCCCGUGCUGGGGGGCCCCCUGGGGGCCCCUGUACCCCCGGGGGCCCCCGGGGGGCCCCCCCAAGGGUUUGGCUGGAGGCGCAGCAAAGAUCGCAGCAGCACUUUUGCCAGGGCGAGGUGGGGGCCCCCGGGGGCCCCGGGGGCCCCCGGGGCAGCGAAGGGGGGCCCCCUGGGUACUGGGGGGCCCCCUUAGAUGAGGGGGGCCCCCCAGAGGGGCCCCCAGAGGGGCCCCCAGAGGGGCCCCCAGAGGGGAGGCCCCCAGAAAUAGGGGCCCCCCUUCCCUUCCGCCUAGUGACCCUGGGGGAGACCCAAGAUGAUGCCCUUGGGGAGGCCCUGGACAAAGCUGCGAGGCAGCUGCGGGCCCUUGCUGCGCAGGAGCAGCAGCAGCAGCAGCAGCAGCAGCAGCAGCAAAUGCAGCCGCAGCAGCAAACGCAACAGCUGCAGCACCAGCACCCGAAGCGCCAGGAGCAGCAACUGCCGCCGCAGCAGCAGGAGCACCAACACCAGCAGCAACUCCAGCAGCAGCAGCAGCAGCAGCAGCAGCAAAGUGGUGGCGCUUAUCUGGAAGCUCUUGCUGCUUGUGCUGCAGCAGACAAUUUGCUGCUGCUGCCAAAAGCCCCUCCCUCUCACCAGACUCGAAGUCUGGACUUCAGGUAA